AUGUUGACAAGCGAAGAAAUUGAGCAUGGAAAAAACCACGAGUUUCCUGUUUACAACGAAACAAUUCCAGCAAAACAUAAUUCUAGCGUGAGCGUUGUUGAUACUGGUGAACGCGUAAACAAUGCCACAAUCGAGGGAAGCAAAGAGAAAAGAACCGAAAAACCGCAACCGCGUGGUUGGAAAAAGAAGUGCGAACUGGACGAAUUCAAAUAUGCACCGCACUGUUUUCGCUUUCGGACGCGACGCUCAGCCGCUCAUCCCGGGAUUUUACCAACGAAGAUAAACGAAAAACUGCUUCAAGAGCCAUCUUACCAUUGGGUGCCAGAAAUUGUUCGAGGGAUGGCCGUUGAUGGGCUCUAUAAAGAAAAUGGUCAAACCUAUAAUUUCCUUCACAAAUUACCCUAA